AUGGAGGAGCUGUGCCAGCUAUUGGCGGAGUUCUCUCAGCUCCGCAACGAGCAGGAGAUCCUGUGUCAGGGCGGCGUGCCCUUUAUGGAGACCUACAGCCGACUGCGGUGCAACGAGCCCUUCCGGCUCUUCCCACCGCCGCAGCCAGUGCUUUUGGAGGAGCCCGGCUCAUUGAGCUCGACCUCCUCAGAGCGCCCCUGGCGUCGCAGUUCACGCGAUCGAGACGAUCGACACGAGCGGCGCGGGUCCAACCUGGAGGCACCUUGA